AUGGCACGAAGCCGGGUCACCAAUGCUCUAGCAGUCAUUUGUGGGCUAGUGGUGCUCUACUUUUUCAGUGUGGCACUUAGGCCCCUGGUUAUCUAUGUAGACAUAGUUUCGAACCUGAUCGUUCCAGAUUUCGUUCCGGGCAGUAAUUCGAAUCAUGCCGCCGUGAAGGAUGUUUCAGAAGAUUCGCCUAUAAAAGACACUGCCCACGAAGAACAACUUGCACAAAAACAGGUGGGUGAUCUACAAUUGGCAGGAGUAGUACUGAAUGUGGAAACUGAAUCGCAGCCCGUGUACGAUAAGAGUAAAAAAGUAAAGGGUACAUUUGUCACUUUGGCGAGAAAUCAGGAGUUGUACGAGUUGAUUAAGGCUGUUCGUGGAGUGGAAGACCGUUUCAAUCGCAAGUUUAACUAUGACUGGGUGUUUCUAAAUGAUGAAGAAUUCACCCAAGAGUUCAAGGAUUUGACAUCCUCGAUAGUUUCGGGAAAAACGAAGUACGGAAAGAUCCCCAAAGAACACUGGAGUUAUCCCGAUUGGGUGGAUCUUGAAAAGGCGGCAAAAAGUAGGGCGGAAAUGAAGGCUGCUAAUAUCAUUUAUGGAGAUAUGGAAUCUUAUAGACACAUGUGCCGGUUCGAAUCUGGAUUCUUUUGGCGAAACGAGCUCCUCGACGAGUACGAUUGGUACUGGAGAGUAGAGCCUGGUAUCCAGAUUCAUUGUGAUCUCGAUUACGAUUUGUUCAAAUUCAUGGCCGACAAUGACAAGAAGUAUGGAUUUGCCAUUUCUCUUCACGAGUUUGAAAAAACCAUUCCUUCGUUAUGGCAACAUACCAAAGAUUUCAUCAAGGAACAUCCAGAGUAUUUGGCAAAGAAUAACAUGAUGGACUUUAUCUCCAACGAUGGCGGUGAAACUUACAAUUUGUGUCAUUUCUGGUCGAAUUUUGAGAUUGGUGAUUUAAACUUUUGGAGAUCCGAUGCUUAUCGUGCAUACUUUGACUAUCUCGAUAAAACAGGCGGAUUUUUCUACGAAAGAUGGGGAGAUGCACCUAUACAUUCAAUUGCAGCGGCAUUAUUCCUUCCAAGAGACAAAAUACACUACUUUGAAGAUAUGGGCUAUAAUCAUGGUGUGUACACUCAAUGCCCAUUAAACCCACAGUAUCGGUACGAUCACAAGUGCAAUUGUGAUCCUGAACUGGAUUUCACUUUUAGAGGAUACUCUUGCGGCAAGAGAUACUACGAAGUUAACAAGAUGACAAAGCCUGCUGAAUGGGAGAAUUAUCAGUGA